AUUUGCUAUCUUGCAGUAAAGAAAGGAAUUUUCCGAUAAUAAAUAUAGGAAUAAAAUAAAAAUGGCAGCAACUCGGGAAGAAGAAAAUCACAAACCAAAUAAUAGUAUCGACGAUUUAGGACAUUUGGAGCAGGCCCUUCAUGCAGCUGCUGCGUACAUGUCAAGCCAAGCUAAACACGAAGAUGCAGUUAUUUUUAUAGGAAGUACGAGAUCUGGAAAAAGUUCACUAAUUAAUUAUAUAAUUGGUAACCAAUUAAUUGGAGAGAAAUUUUCUGUCUGUAAACCAGUUGUCCUAAAAAAGGCUGAUAAUAAUUCCCCUGGACCACAAAUUGGAAUUGGAUCUACUUCUGAGACAAUAAUUCCAAGCAGGUGGGAUUCUGAAAAACUUCAUAAUUUAGGAAUAUGGGACGCACCAGGAUUUGAUGAUACCAGGGGUACAUUUCAAGAUAUCAGAAAUGCAUUUUACAUCAACGAGCUUUUCAAAAAUAUUAAGUCAGCUAAAAUUAUUUUAGUCACUGACAUUAAUGAUAUUGCAAACGAUAGUAUAAGACCUUUCUUGUCUCUGUUAAAUUCCGUCGAAAAUAUAUUUAAAGAAAAGAUGAAGGAAUGUUAUUCUGGCAUAGGAAUUAUUUUCUCAAAAGUACCAAAUACACUGUAUGAAAAUGUCGUUGACAAAAACUUUAUAAACGAACUUUUAAAGGAACAAGUUUUAUCAAGCAAGGCUAUUGAAAUCUCUGAGCCUGCCAAGGAAUUCAUAAGGUAUUUGAUAAAAAAUAAUCAAAAUAUUGGUCUAUUUAGGAGAGCUACUGCUGGUCAUAUCUCAGAUGAUAUUAUUGACGCAGGUAUUUUUGAGACUAUAAAAGAAACAAAUGGUGUACACGAACAGAUUUUGAAGCAAGUCUCCCCAAGUAUUACUCACUCAUCAACAGUUUUUUUAUUUAAUGUUCGUGAAAAAUUAACUUGCAUGCAAGUGUUUAUUGAGUUGGAGAAACUGGUAGGAAAUAUUUUUGAACAGACACUGAUAGAUUUCGAAACAAUGAAGUAUGAGGGAUUGUCGCAUGAUAAAUUAAUUCAAUGGACACAGGAAUUGUCCAUUACUUCAGACAGAAUAUCAAAAGUACUCAAUUCAGAUAUAAGUUUUCAUGAAAAAAUGUCUGAACUGAAAGUGAUCGAUCCCAGAAUUGAACACCUAAUUAAAAUCUAUAAUUUGCUUCAAAAAGCUAAAAUCAUGGAAUUUAUUGAUCAGUUAUUAAAUCUGAAGGAGAGCCGACAUUUCGAUAUCAACUUGCAAAGUAUACUCUUGACUGCAAAGACUAAAGUUGACGAAUUGCUGAUUUGGGUAAAAUUGCAGUUAAAAGAAAUAACUAUAAAAGAAGCUGAGGCUCAGGCAUCAGAAGCUAGAGAGGAGUAUGAAAAGGAAAUAAAAGAAUUGAAAACGCAGAUGGAAGGUCUAACACAGCACAAUGAAAAGGUCAAAAAAGAAUUAGGUCUUUUUGCUUAUGUUGGUUCGGCUAUUGAUUCUGGUUUAGAAAAGAUUAGUUCUACCCUUGAAAAUAGUGUAGAAACUAUUGUAGCUAGAAUCAAACGUAUAUGGAACAUUCAAUUUUAA